AAUCUGCUGUUUUAUAAAAGUUAAUUAUUGAUAUCCAUUUAUCCAUUAGACAAAGGAUUGAUUAAUAUAUAUAUAUAUAUAUGUACUUUUCAAGUGUAUACAACAUUACUGCAUUGAUGCUGUGUAGACUUACUGUACAUAUCCGAGGAAAUUAUACUGCGUGUACUGUUAAAUAAGACAAGCUGAAAGACUUAUAUAUAGGAUGAAUGAAGGAGUAACAUGUAGCUACAGAGUGGCAUGACAGAGCACUGAAUUGUACCGUAUGUAAAUCAGAAAUUCUCAUGGAAAUGGAUAGUCGUCUCAUAAAGCCUCCCAAGGCUCCGUUUGUUAGUAAGAUGGAGAAGAUGAUAGUUGCCAUGGCAAAGUCUGACGGUGAAACUGGAAUUGUUAUGAGGGCAAAAAGGAAUCUAUUUAGUGACCAAAUAGAAUCUUUCUCAGGCUGUGAUAUUGUUGACUGGUUAAAGAAACAGUACAACAUUUCUGAUGUCAAGGAAGCAUGUUACCUAGCAACCAAUUUGUGCCAAUAUGGCUAUAUAUAUCCAAUAGACUUUAAGCUGUCAAGUUACACAGUGAAAUAUGACCGGUCUGCUGAAUAUAGAUUCCAGGCCCCUUAUUUUUGGCCCUUUCGUAAGGAUGGGACAGCUGAUAGCAUCAAAUAUGCAAUAUAUCUACAGAAAAGAAGUUUAAGAAAUAAACAGAAGCAUGGAUUAGAACCCUACGAACAGGAGGCAUUUGACAAACUCCUGAAGGUGUUUGCUGAUAAAAAAGAAUUUAUAGAGAAGCAGGCCAGGGAGCAAGUCAGAAUGUCCAAAGCAGGGCUAUAUUUUUAUGGCCAUCAGGCAGCUUCAGUUAGUGAAGCGAAGAAGCAGCGCCGGAAAGAGAAGAUUUUGUUGGAUCUGCAGGAGAAGGCCUUCUGGAGAGUACACAGACCUCCUCCUGGUUGUAUUAAGACAAUGGAGGAGGGACCAAAGAGAUAUUUCCAACCAAGUCAGAUGGCUGCUCGAAGACGAAAGAACAAAGAAUCUUUUAAGGCUGAGAUCACAUUCCUGAAAAAAGCCCUAGAGAGACCUAAGCCAAAGUUAUCCAAAGUCCUGGAAAGUUAUUUGACCUGGAAUGAACAAUAUCAGGAGUAUGAUCCAUUUUUGGAUCCAAAUGCAGCGCUUCCAUCCAAUCCCUGGGUCUCGGAUGACACACUGUUUUGGGAAGUGACCGACACCCUUGUGAAGAUUCCAACAGAAUUACGUGUCAAGAAGUGGGCCAUUAGUUUCUUCAAUCUGGUGAAGGAUGAGCAAGGGUUGCGGGAGUUUGAGGACUUCCUACGCAAGGAGUACAGUCUGGAGAACAUCCGGUUCUGGAAGGAAGUGGAGGACAUGAAGAACGGUCCCCGCUCCGCCAUCGAGACGAGAGUGGAAUGGAUAUGCAGCGAAUUUUUAUCAAAGAAUUCCCCAAAGGAAAUCAAUGUAGACAGUAAGACGUUAGAGAUAGUCAACAAAAGCCGAGAGGAGAUGAGGGGGAAACCUGAGUCCAUGAGGUACAUACUGGAUCCUGCUCAGGAGCAUAUAUAUUUACUUAUGAAAAAAGAUAGUUACCCACGAUUCCUGCGAUCGGAGCAGUAUAUUAAUCUGAAGGAAAUGGCCCAUAACCAGCCAUUAAAGAAAAGAUUCUUUGCGUUUGGGAGUGGAAAGACACAGAUAAAGAGACAGACGCCUAGUCCAAAAUCACCACGACGAAGCACCUCGAGUGAGAGAGAGGUGAACUCUGACAUCAGUGGGGAUUCCCCCAUCCACUCCAUCAAUACACCAAUGCAUUCCUACAGCACGGGCAACCUAAAGGACAUGGACAUGAAACAGACCCCCACUUCCUCUAGAUUUCUAAAAGGCUCUGAUAGCAGCCUCCUAAAGAGCUUGAGAAUUAGGCCCACAUAUACUAUUCAAGCAUCCCCUCCGACUGUAGGUGGGCUUUCCCCAGGACAAACUAGAAGGCGCUCAGAUGAACCGGGCCGCACAAGGUCAAUGAACGCAGGAGACCCAAGACGAAAAAGCAACCUGGAAGUCCCACGCUCAUUUCCGAUCUCUGCAGAAAAACGAAAAUCUGAUGCCACACUGCUAAGUCUGAACGUCCCUGCCAAGAAUAACAUUGUAGCUCCCUGGGAAGGGAACCAGUAAAGCUACCAACACAAACGAUGCCACUGAGUAGAGAAUAUUUGACAGUAAAUUUCAUAGUAACAACAAUUAAUAAUUUGCAUAUCAGUGCAUUAGUGAGUUUUCUUAUAGGACAGUUUUGUUUUGUUUUGUAGACAAUCAUGUUUUUAAGUGACAUUCAAAAUGUGAAUAGUAUUAGUGCAAGUGCACAUACCAUUGGUUUUGUUCUUUGAAUAACCCCCACCCCCAUUCAGUCCCAUCCUCAUCUAAUUGUGUGAUAUAGAUUUUGACCUAUUAAUUUUGCUCAGCUCAAAACCAUUUCUCUGAUAUUUUUUUAAAUAUAUUUUUGCCACUUUACUUUGUGUAUGUACAUGUUUUAGGUGCUAUAUUCUAGCUAUUACUUGCUUACCCUUAUGUGCUUGAAUUCAACAAUGCCAGUUUUUUAUUACAAAUGUACCUAGAAAUGAACCUUUCGUGUUUUAUCAAAACUUGCAUGCUAUUUUCUGUUAUUCUAAGUAUUAUGAAUAUUGAGAAGUAUUUCUAAGAAUUGACAACUAAGGGUUAUUUUCUUUUUUUUGUUAUACUUCAAAUAUAUUUUUUCUUUUUCUCUCAGGUAUCAAUAUAUUAUAGUGUUCACAACACUUCACUUGAAGAUGUACUUAAAAAAUUUUUCUUGCCAAAAAACUAUAUUUAUAAUAUUAUGGACAUCAAAACCUGUCAUUUCACUGUGCUAAAAUAUUAUACACGACAUGCAAAGCAUGUGAAGGCAUCCUGCGUUUAAAUAAUUGAAAACCAGACACCAAAAUGAGAAAAGAAGUCGAUUUUGCGGUGUCUGUGUUAAAUUUCCAUUAUCUGUACACACUGUGCAUCUGUAGGUUAGUUUUCCUCCUUAGGUAGUUAGUAGAACUUGAAAAAUUCCACUGUGAUGUUCCGAGUUGAUGAGAUGUUUAUAAACGUGUUGAUGGUUUUACAUUCCACGCUUUGUUUGUAUUAGAUACACUAUAUCAAACCAAGACGAGGGAUCUCCACACAGAUCUUGUAUUAUUCCAUAGACCACAGAAUUGUUGUGUAUAUGUACAAACUUUUGUAGAGUUUUACUUGCACUGUGUGUGUAUGGAUUAGUCACCAGGUGACAUAAUAUAAUACAUGUACAGAGAAUCACCAUGUCUAAAUUAUUAACAAUGAAUUAGAGAAGACUGAUAAAUAUAUUGAAAAUUAUUAUUAUGUUUAUACACAUGUACAUGUACUUGUAACAAUCUUUGAGACUUUGUUUCAACAAGUUAGCCACAAAAUUUAAAGACAAUAGUUCUCUGCUUGUGAAUGUUACAUAAAACUGUUUUCACCUGUUGAAAAACUGCAAUCAUAAAAAAUGAAUGUUUUGCAUUAGUAAAUUUUCUGUUUUAUUUAAUAUUGUUGUAUAAGAAAGGGUGUCACAUCUUCUGCAGAAAGAUGAAAACAUUAGCAAGUUAAUCAUUUAUGUAAUAACUAAGAUAGGACUUUUUCAAUAGCAAAUUUUAUUAUUGCUUUGUGAUAAAAAAAAGAUUUAUAAAACCAAAACAAUGAAUUAAAAUGCAUAAACCCCUUUCCAAAACUCUGUAUUUCAUAACACUGAACUCAAUAAGAAUUUUGUCAAGUGACGUGAAUGAUUUUCAAAUUUUGGUGCACCACAUAUUUUAAAUUUAGUCAAUCCCAUAUUUAAUCUCCUAACUAGGUGGCAGCACUGUCUUGAAAUAAUAUAUUUAACCUCUGUCCAUCAGUGAAAGAGCUAACCAUGUCUCUCCUCUCAUACACAGUGUUCUAACAGUCUUACAAAUGUGUUACCUUUAUGAAUUAAUAUUUAAUUCCAAAUUGUAUCUAUAAACAAAUUGUAUAUCUACCUAUUUAAUGUGUCUAGUCUUAUAUAUAUGCAUGUACUUUUUCCAAAAUCCAGAAAUUCUGUAUUAAUAUGUAUUAACAUUAUGCUUCAUUUUCUUGUGUUCAGCCCUUUUUACCAGAUGUUCUAGUGCAUAAGCACCGAUAUUCAUAGGGUGUAGUUGUACAUAUUAACCAAUGUUAAUAGGGGAUAUUAUGGGUGAAGUACUUAUAAUAAGUGCAAUAUUAUUCUAGUCAGUUUUGUUUCAAUAAUUGUAUAGCAAAAUACAAACAAACCAUGCACUUAUAUUGCAUGAAUGUUUAAAGAGACCAACAGAUUUUUUUUUAAAUCAAUUUUUUUUAUAUGGACACCUGUUAAAAAACAGUCAUUUAAGGCACAGAAUGAUGAAUUUUUUUUCUUUGAAUUCUGCAAUUAAAUGAUAUAUCUAUUGUGAAACCUUAGUUUCUAUAGUGUUCAGUGAAAAUCACCUGGGACAAGAAUGACCGUGUAGGUAUGUUCUGUAUUACAUUUUCAUUCCUCUGUGGUUAGCGUACCAUAACUGUUGAUCUUAUGCAGACAUGUACAAAGAUAUCUGUUCUGUGAAUGGUGUCCUUAUUGUGAAAUCUUAGUAUAAAAUGGUAUCUUUGGUAAUUUGAUUUUUCAGAACCAUAGAAAGAAUUGCUAUGUAUAGUUGAGGAAAUGCAUCUGUAGACAAUUAUAUUCUAUAUAUUAAUUAAUAAGCAUUUCACAGCAUAACUAGAAGUUUUAUUGUUGAUGAUGCUUGAAAUAUUAUUUUAUUCAUACAGUAACAACAGAUAAAUAUUAAUUGGAAUAAAAUUCCGCAGCAUUUAUAUUUACUACAGACAAUACUGAUGCACUGUACAGCAACCUGUUAACAAAACAUUGCAAUAUCCAUUUAUCUAAAUGAUUAUCAAAUUGAAUUGUUUUUACUAAAACAACAAGUUUGCUUUAUACUCAUUAUAUUAAAACAAUAAAACUCUUUAAUAGCU